AUGAGUAAAACAGACGUCGGUUAUAGACGUGAACGGAAGCUAGAUGACGUCAUCAAGGGGAAAGGUUACCCGAAUACGGAGGUAGUAGGAGUCAGUGUGCUCCACUGCGCAUCUUUGUGCGGAUCAAACUCAUCGUGUUCCUCCUUCUUCUUCCUUCCGACGACAGGAAGAUGUCUGCUGUAUGAGGAUGUCUUUGAAAACCCAGAUGGAGGCCAGACGUCAUCGGGUGCUCGAUAUUUCACUGCUGAUGACCCGGACUGUCCUUCUGUAGAGGGGUAUGUUUGGUUUCGCAAACAAGACAUCUGCAUCAAGAUUUUUUCAAGCGUAAAGAACUUUACCGACGCCUACAGAGCCUGUGUCAGUGUCGGCUCCCGGCUGGCGGUACUGGACACGGGGGCAAAGCUCAGAGCUGUCAUUGGGUACUUAGAAGAACUGAACCUCACUUCUCGGUUUUACAUCGGAGCGAUGCGAGAAGGAGUCCUCACUGACAGCAGAAGAACUUGGAACAAUGCUCUUCAUCCACUGUACUGGUUGAAUGGAGUGCAAGUCGCUCUCAGUGAGCCUGACAGUGACUGGUCGACUGGAAAUCCUGACAAUGAACUCGCAAUGGAAGGAUGUUUGGAAAUCCGGAAUUGGAAAUAUAAUGACAUUCCAUGCGGACUUUCCAAGCAAUUCAUCUGCGAGAAGGAACUGAACUGAUCUUGCCAACCAUUUGAGUCCAUUCGCACAGGAUAAAGCGGUAAUUAUGAAAGGCGUCGUCAUGGUAACC